AUCCAAAUGCUACAACACCAGAUCCAAAUGCUACAACACCAGAUCCAAAUGCUACAACACCAGAUCCAAAUGCUACAACACCAGAUCCAAAUGCUACAACACCAGAUCCAAAUGCUACAACACCAGAUCCAAAUGCUACAACACCAGAUCCAAAUGCUACAACACCAGAUCCAAAUGCUACAACACCAGAUCCAAAUGCUACAACACCAGAUCCAAAUGCUACAACACCAGAUCCAAAUGCUACAACACCAGACCCAAAUGCUCCAACAUCAGAUCCAAAUGCCCCAACAUCAGACCCAAAUGCCCCAACAUCAGACCCAAAUGCCCCAACACCAGAUCCAAAUGCCCCAACAUCUGAUAAAAAUACAAAAGUAGAUACUUUUAGCAGUAAUCCUGUAAUUAACACUGAUACAGGUACUUUAACAGAUACAAAUAGCUUAACUUCUACUAGCAAUACAAAUGGUCCAGUUGUUACUACAGUUUUUACUGAUAGCUUAAGUUCAGCUAGCUCAACUAGGGUUAAUGUUGAUCCAAAUAUCACUGGUUCUGAAACACCUACAGAUCUACCAACACCAAGUAAUUCUUUUCCUAAAAUAACAGACCCAACAGUGAUUAGUACAACAGAAGAAAAUGAAGUAAUUACAGAACUACCAAAACCUAAAAAAACUACAACAUCCCAAUCCCAAAUAGGCUCAAGCCCAAAAAAAUCAACCAUAACACAAUUCAAAACUUACACCACCACAGAAACAUUAUAUUUCCCAGGAUACACCACUUAUACAUCUUCAACAGGGACCAAUGGACAAUUAACAACAUAUGCAACUUACAUUCCACCAAGUACUGUUGUGGUGGUCAAGAAAGUUACUUCAGCAACUGUAGAAGAAAUUCAAGAAACUAAUUCUUCAUCUGGACAUCUUGAUCUGGAAUUCUCAGUUUAUAAUUUAUACAAUAUUUCUACAUCAUUUUUUAUUAUUGCU